AUGACGGAUCAUCCUGUCAAAAUUGUAUCUUUGAAGCUGGCUACAGGCGACUACACUCGGUAUAGCUACGGUCCGUACGUUGAAUCCGAGGAAAGCUGGAUUACUCAGGCUUUGCGAGAUCGAAUGCCUCCAAAAUUGCUCGACGGUGAAUAUGACAUCGAAUCAAAUUUUUCAACGCUGAUUGCAUACUGCACCAGACUGUUCGAGGUCUCAAAAAUUCACAGUAUUGUAUUCAAAUUUGGCGAUUUGCAGGAGGGAAAUCUUCUUGUUCGUGCCGAUGGCAAUGUUGUUCUGUUAGGAGUUUUGGUCGUGUUACCGUGCCAUGAAUAA